AUGUCCGAGUUUGCUUCUAUCGAGGGGCAGAAGAGGAGAAAAAAGCCAACUUUGGGUAUGGGAAGAGCAGACGAAGACGAAGACGAAGACGAAGAAGAAAAAACAAAUGACAGGUGGCAAUCCGAGUCAUUAUACAUCAAAACAACCAAUUAA